AUGAACCUUGACUUGUCUAAGGCUUCUCCGCUGGAUGAGUUGAGAAAUAGAAGUGGCUACUUUCCUAGCUUGUCUUGUGCCAAUGAGAUAGUGGACAAUGCUGAUAAUUCAUGGACAAAUCAGGACGACAGUAAUUCCAUAUACCAAGGAACAAAUCAGAGCAUCUUUUCCUUUGAAACUAUCCAAACUAAUGAGAGGUUAUUGGAUAGAUUAGCUUUGAGUGCUGAAGACGAAUUGUUUUUACAACAAGCGCUAAAGGAGGAAGAGGAAAAGAAUAAAGACUGUUUAAAAAAGCAGUCAACCGGCCCGAUAAUAUGUAUGCCGGCCUCAAAAUUUCCAUCACUGAGAACUCAGUACCCUCCAAUUAAGAAAGAACAUGAUUUGAAGCUCGAUCAUGUUUCUGCAGAAUUUUCAAAUCUUAGAGGUGAUUUUUCAUCUUCAAGUGUUGAACAACACUUUCCAGCCAAUUCAAGAUACUCCUAUCUUGUUGAAGAGGACAUUGACAUUGAAGCAAUUCACAGGUCAAAUUUUACUGGUCGGGGAAGCGAUAGACAGCAGCAUCCUUAUCGCCCUAAGAUCAUUGCUUCUAACAGUGCUGGCAACUGUAAUAAUUCAGGUGAUGCUGAUGUGGUGAACUUUGAAAGAUACCGCAUGAAAAACUCUAAGCUGGCAUAUUACUAUGAACAGCUUUCGCAGUUCAAUUUUGAACAUACAGGAGAACAUGAAUCGUCGUCAAUGUAUAAGACCCCCCGCAACCAGUACUAUGAAAUCAAAACUCCAGUUAUAACAGAAGAGCAAACAUACCAGAAUGUAAGUGGUAGCAGCACAGCUUCCUUCGCCGACGAAGGGAUACUUUCGAAGCCAAAGACCGAAUCAUCAAUGGAGAGCGACAUCUCAUCAAAGGGAAUUUUCAACACUCAAGAUGGAUCGCGUGAUCUGUUUUACUCAACUCCAACAAAGACCAGUUCAUCACCCACUGUAGAAUCUGAAUUUGUCAAAGAUGUCUCUCGAGAACCACCCCAGCUUUUCAAAACUCACAAGAAAAAAUCAUCUUUCUCCUUGAAGAACCUUUUCAGAUCACCAAAGUCUCAUAAACAGAAAGGCACUUCUGAGGGUAGAGGUAGUUUUGAAGAAACGAAAAACAUACAUUAUCAUGGCCGUUCAUCUGCCGAAAGCUCGCCCCGGAAACCACGGAAUCACUUGAGACAUUUCAUAUUUCCAGUCAAUCCAACAAUUCAUUUGGAAACUCAAACCCCUACAAAAUACAAGCACGGUAAUAAAAACAGUUCCAGACACUUCCGCUCACUUUCUGAUUUCACCACCAAGUCUCCCAGUUGUAGUCCAUCAACGAAUAGAGGUGGUUACAACGGCAGAAAAGAGACCACUGGUAGAAGGUUGUCACUCGAUAGUAAACGACAACCAUUUCCACCUCUACAAUUUCAAACGCCGGCGCAUUCAAAGAAGCCCAGUAAAAAUGCUUUGCAACUUAGUCUCAAAAGUGAUUACAUCAGUACAAUCGCUGCUGGACCGGCAAAUAAUGCAUCUUCGACUUUUGAUGAAAUUGAACUGGCGAUAACUAUGAAAAAAGAAGGAAGACUCAUAGAAUCUGCUCAAAAUUUACAAAGACUUUGUUCGAAAAAGAAUUUAACUGCUUUCUUACUAUAUGGAUUAGCAUUACGAGAUGGAUGUGGGGUACGAAAGGACUGUAAAGAGUCCUUUAAAUACAUCAAAGUUGCUGCUGAGGUUCAUUCUGAAAAAGAAGAUGUUUUUGAAAAAGAUAUUGACGUUUUUGCGUUGGAACACAGUAGAGGAUUACCGAAGAUUGUCCCGGAACCGAUGGCUCCGGCAUUAUACGAGUGCGGGAUGGCCUAUUUGAAAGGUCUAGGGCUUGAGAAACCUGAUGAGUUGAAAGGCCUCAAAUAUCUCGAGAAAGCUGCUUCCCUUGGACAUAUAGAUUCUAUGUGUAUAAGUGGUACUAUCUGGUCGAAAAAGUCUGCCGUUAGAAAAAGAGAUAUAGUAAGAGCAGCUGCAUGGUUUCGAAUAGCCGAACAAAGAGGUGCUAAUUUGAUCGGAUCGAGUUGGAUUCACAAAGAGAAGUAUGUGAAUCCCUUAUUAUCGAUUACCACCAUGUAA